AUGAAAAAAUUCGCUGGUGGACUCUCUCAGCAACUCGCCAGCGGUGGUGGUAGCAACAGAAAGAAAGCACCAACGUCGGGAUUGAAAAUUGAAUCAAAAAGACAAAGUGUGGGUGAGAGCAAUAAUAGUAUUACUGGAUCAUCUAGUCGAUAUAGCAACAAUCAUACAGCAAAUGACAUGGAAGAACCAUUUUCUCCAUCCAUGAUUGAAUUUGAAGAGGAAAAAAGACAUCAUCGUUAUGGAAACAAGGAACGGUUGUCAUCAUCAUCGGAUCACGAUCACCGAGGUGGUGAUGAUAUAUUCGAUCAAUACAGCAGUAACAAUAUCGGAAGUAAUAGAAUUGACCACUCGUUUUUACCAACUCGAUCAUCAUCGCCUCCGAUGCCUCUGUUUAAUGACCGUAAAAGUUUUCAUUCAGAAAAUAUUGAGUACAAUAUUAAUGGUGAUGAUUAUUCGCAAGAAGUAUCAUCUCCACAGCCUAGAAAGAGUGAAAGCAGUAUUGUAGAUCACGAAAUUUCAAGAAGUCCCGGUGAGUCACUGGGAAGUGCUUUCAAAAAGCUGAAAACAAAGAAGAAAAAUUUGUCCUUUUCUAAAUUUUCAGAAAAUGUAAAAAACUUUAAAAUAAUGAACAAGAGUGCAUUGGAAGACUACACGAGUGAUAUAGAAAGAGGUCACACUCAAUUACUUGACGCGUGUGAUGAAUUUUUUGAAAAGAGAGAAAGUGCAGAAAUCGCCAUAUGUAAAAGCUCUGACAUUUUGAAUCUAUUUGGUAAUGAAGUGACAGAAAGAAAUGUUAUUUUCAUUUUGGAAAAGAUUGAAGCUUGUCACUGGGAAUACGGGUAUCAUUUGCUUGCUGUGGUCAUGGGAUACGCUAGCAACGCAAACAGUGUGACUGGAGGAUUUGCAAACUCCAAAAAGAAUUGUAGCACAGUUCUGGAUUGUAAUGGAUUGGGAACCAUCAUUUAUGCAUUCAAACACCAUGCAUUUGCAUUAGCAAAUAUAGAGGUUUCUCACUCAAUUCCCACAGAACAGCUCGAAAAGAUGUGCAAGGAAAAAGAAAAGUGGUUUAAUCUCUAUGCCAACAUUUUAUAUGUAUUUUUAACAGUUCUGUCUUGGAGUCCAAGCAAGGAGGUUCUUGACGAGCUCAAGUAUGACUUGUUUGACCGAAAUGUUAACGAAUCACGAACUCAGUACGGAAAGAAGGAAAAUUCUGAACACUUCUUUAUUGUCCUUUUAACACUUCUUAGAAAGAGCGUUUUGAGCGAUGCCACUGAUCGUGCCAAUAUUCACAGUCUGAAGAAAUUGGUCAUGCUCAUGCACAAGACGUUACACAUUCUAUUUAUUUGUGAUGCAGACAAUUCUCACAAGAAAAAGUACACUAAAAUCACCAAAGUGCUACAAAAAGAACGUUCCAAGUCCAUGAGACUGAAAGUGGCACAAGAAAUGAAGGAAGCCUACAUUAAAGUGAAUCAAGGAAAUGCUUCAAAGAUUGUUGAAGAGGCCAUUGAUGUAUAUCAAAAAGCUCCAGAAAAGAAAGAUACUUCAGAGAAGGUCACAGACAGUUCUAUUCCGAGAGCACUUAUUGAAAAUCCAAGCAUGAAAGAGGUAUUAUAUAGAUUAUUGCUUGAAGAAUUACCUGAUUUUGUGGUGCUCAUGUUGAGUAUUCUCGAUAAAAUUACCAAAGGAGAAUGCGGUGUCAACUUUUCCACCGUCGAGAAGAGAAGGUAUUGCAACAUUCUUCUCAAAUCGUUGCUGUCAGUUGUGCUCUUGCUUAUCAAAAAUUGGAGAAAGAGCUGUCUCAUGCAAGCCAAAUACCUCAUUCAUUUGCUUGGUGAGGCUGAAAUUUAUGUACUUUUAUUUCGAUUAAUUGAAUUGGAUAUUAAGGCGUUUGUUUAUCAUGACGAUACGAAUGCAGAAGUAUUCUUUAUGCGAGGAGAACCUUCUAUCAAAACCAACGCAUCAUUUUCCACAAAGCCAAACUGGAGAAAUAUCUAUGUAGUCACCAUUGCCUUACGAAUUAUUCAUCAAAUGACAAAAGAUGAUCCAUUCUUAAUUUCUAAACUCAUUCGAAAAAACAAGCUACAUAGAACUCUCAAAAAAGUAAUUCAAGCAGAGGACAUUGAAGCAUUAUGCAAAUAUUCUUAUACAAGUUGGAUUCAAUCUCUCAACACCACCAUUCAAAUUUCUCAAACGGAAUAUGUGAAUGAAAUGAAGAGAGUGCUUCACGACAUUGAACAUUUCCAUAACGUGAACUAUUUUGGUUGGUGGAAGCAUAUUGGUUAUAGAGCUAUUGACAAACUUGCCAAAACAAAACGUCAAGCAAAUUCUCAACAACAAGAUUAUGAUCAAUUAGUAUUCUCAAAAGACAAUGGAUCGUUGGGUGAGGAUUAUAUUUCAUACUUGUACAAUUCUAUUGAGCUUACAGAAGAGGAGAAAAGAAGAGCUUUGCUAUUGCAAAUUUAG